CAAUCCUAUCCCCUUCUCGCCGUCUCGCGGAAUUGAGGCACGGGAAAUAGAUUGUGGAUAAGCCUCCUGUAUCCUCGAACCUCAAACGCCAUGCUUUCUCUCUCCGUUAAUAUUCCAAAACCGCCGUCACUCUCCUCCACCUUCCUACCUUCUCCGCCGCCGCCGCCGCCGCCAACCGUUUUCCCCAUACCAGUUCUCUCGCGAAGACCUAUUGCCGCUCUCAUUUUCCCGCCUUCGCCAGGCCAAAAUCCGCCGGAACGGAAACAGCUAUACCAGCCUUUCCGGCCACCGCCUUCUCCCGUUCCUUCCAAAUACCGCUCCCUCGACACCAAUUCCCGCCUCGAAAUCCUCACGAACCGUCUGGGGCCGUGGUUCGAAUAUGCUCCCCUGAUUCCCUCACUGAUCCAGGAAGGAUUCGCGCCUUCCACGCUGGAAGAAAUCGCCGGAAUUUCGGGAGCCGAGCAGAACCUCCUCGUCGUAGCUUCUCAGGUGCGCGAAUCUCUGCUGAACCCCGGAAUUGACGCGGAGACGCUCUCCUUCUUUGAUUCGGGUGGCGGUGCGGAGCUGCUCUACGAGAUCCGCAUCCUCACGGCCGACCAGCGCGCGGCGGCGGCAGAUUUCCUCGUAAAAAACAGAUCCGAUGCGAAGCAAUCGCAGAGAUUGGCCAGAGCGAUGAAGGAUUUCCGCCUGAGGCGCGCGGACCGCGGAUGGGCGAGAUUUGAUCCGGAAUCUCCGGGAGACUGCCUGGCGUUCAGUUACUUCCGGCAGGCGAUGGAGUACGAAGCUGCUUCCAAGGAGGAGCUCCGGCGGCUAUCUCUGCAGAAGGCUCUGGAGUUUGCAGUGUCAGACACGGCAAAAGCUUUACUUGAGGAAGAGAAGUCCCGAACCAAGUCCGAAGAGAAGGAAAGCAAUGUGGACGACCAUGAAGUGACAGUGCCGUUGGUGAGAAUGCAAUUGGGAGAGGUGGCGGAAUCAUCCGCCGUGGUGGUCUUGCCGGUGGCGGUGGAGGCGGAGGAGGUGGAGGCUGCACCGUGGAAUUGCAUCGGAGUGGGGGAAUUUGGGAUAGUGGAGGCGGAAAAGGAGUGGCGGAGAUGGGUGGUCUUACCUGAAUGGAAGCCGAUAUCCGGUCUACACAGAGGGGGAGUGGCGGUGAGAUUCGAGAACGGGAGGAUUUUGCCAUGGAAAGAGAGCGAGAAGAACCGGCGGGACCCAAUUUUGGUGGUGGCCGACAGGCGGAGGAAAGAGGUCGUCUCCGACAACAGCUUCUACUUGGGGUUUGAAGGUGGGAAUGGGAGCUCAAAUGCAGAGUUGAAGGUGGUGAGAGGAGGGACAUUGAAGGAGAAUGGAGUUAAGGAGAGUUUGGGAAUGGUGGUUUUGGUGGUUAGGGCUCCAAUGGAGGAAGAUAAUGGUCAAUUGAGUGAUGAGAAUUGGGAAUAAUGAACACUACCUUUGUUCUAGUAGUAUUUUCCAAGUGCACUCAACAUUGCCACCCUUUUUUGUAUCAAAGUCUUAUUAUUAGCCAACCUUGAGAAGAAAAUGUUGCACCUUAUGUUGAUCCAUUCACAAUUUUUUAUUUCCAAUUUGCCAUAUGUUUAUCAAUGGAGAAACAAAUUAGUUUCCAUAAG